AUGUCUGACGUUGAAUCCAUGCACUCUGCCCACUCCGAGGAGGAGUCCUUCGACCACUCCAAGGACGAGGCCCCCGAGCACCAUGAGGCUGCUGCCGCCGAGGAAGCCCCCAAGCCCGCCGAGGAGGAUGACGACAUUGUUGUCAAGCCCGAGCGACUGUCUCGAGACGAGUGGCUCAAUUCUCUGGAUGCCACCUUCCACUUUGGCUCCAAGAAGCACCAGUCCAUUCCCGAUGACCUCAAGAUCCCCAUUGCCAUCUGCUGUCUUCCCAAGGACAAGCGGCGAUUUGUUAUGGCCAAGCUUGCAAAGUGCCGACGACAGGUCCCUGUUGAUGAGGAGGAGGUCAAGGCUCCCGUCGAAGAGAAGAAGGAGAAGAAGCACGCCGCUGGCCCUGAGUAA